AUGACUAAUAUAUUAUUAUUAUUAAUAUUUAUUUAUAUUGAAUGGAAGAAUAAGAUAGUAGAUAAUAUCUAGCUUCUAAAGUACAUCCGCUUUUUGAGAAAAUAUUAAUUGAAUUGCUAAUCACAAAACCUGAAGAUCCUGUAAUAUGGCUAGAAUGAUAAUAAGGUUGAAUUUAUGAGUUAAUGGCUGCUUACAACAGGAUAACAAUACAGACCUUAAGAAAAGUAAAAUGCACCAUUCUCAAGUACCAUUCCUGCUUAAUUUCAAAAUUCAAUGCAAUCGGGCACUCCUAGAAGAAGUUAAGUUUAAUCUUUACAAAACCCUUUGUUGAAUCGAUAGUAAUCAAAUUAAUAAGGAUCAAAUCAUCAUAUUUCUAAUCUUUAAUCUAAUUAAUAAAUAUCUCAUUAACAUUCAAGUUAACCGAUCAAUAGCCAACAUGAAAUAAAUAGUUAAUAAUUGUUACCUUAAAACUCAUCAAAAUAAGGAUUAGAAUAAAGUGAUUUUCAACAAAAAAGUUUUGAAGCAAGUUAACAUGAUGCAGAAAAUCAUUUUGAUGUUGAUCCUAAAUUUGGUUCUGGUGAUUAACUCAGUCCUUCUCCAAUUAUUGCUGACCCAAAAAAACAUGUACAUCCACUUUAAAAAUAAUAAUCUGUAUUAACACAAAAAUUUUAACCAUAAAGUAACAAUAACAAAUCAUUCAAAAAAUCUUCAACUUAAUCAAACCCCAUGUUGAUAUAGCCUGUAACAAUCAAAACAACUCAACCAUAAAUUUUAAUUAAUAAUACUCCUAGAGAAUAAUCCUUGUAAUAAAUGAAAUAAUCUUAAGAAAAUUCUAAUUAAUAAAGCUAAUAAAGAUUGAUACAAUCACGAGAUGAAUAAGAAAGUUAAUAAUUUAAAAGAAAUUCUCUUACAGAAAGUAAAGAAUAACUAUUAAAAUAAUAAUCACAAUAAUAAUAAUAGCAAUAAUAAUAAUAAUAAUAAUAAAAAUAAUAACAAUAACAAUAAUAACAAUAAUAAUAAUAAUAAUAAUAAUAAUAAUAAUAAUAAUAAUAAUAAUAAUAAUAACAAUAAUAAUAAUAAUAAUAACAAUAACAAUAAUAAUUACAAUAAUAACAAUAAUAAUAAUAAUAAUAAUAACCAUAACAACAAUAAUAAUAAUCGCAAUAAUAAUAGCAAUAAUCUUUAUCAAUAAUAAAUUAAGCGUAAUAAUAAGAAUCUAUGAUAUAAAGUUAAAAUUAACAUUAAUCCUAAGUUAAUUCAUAAAUAAAAUCCUUAAAUAAUUUUAAAGUUAUUCCUAAAAAUAAAGAUUAAUAUUCUAGAGUUAUUAAAAAGAUGAAUGGUUGCUAUAUGUUUAAACACUUAAAUGAAUAGUAAAAAGAUAUUGUUGCAAAAGCAAUGGAAGAGAAAAAAUUUAAGUAAAUAAGUUUUAAUUUACUUUAGACCUAAGGAUAUCAUAAUAAAGCAAGGUGAUGAAGGAGACUAAUUAUUUUUAGUUGAUUAGGGUCUUCUAGAUUGUUAUAUAAAAAGUAAACAAAGUCAUGAAGAAAAAAUUAUUAAAUCUUAUAAACCUGGAGAUUUUUUUGGUGAAAUGGCCUUAUUAUAUAAUCAAAAAAGAGCUGCAACUAUAAUCACCGAUACUAUAUCUGUAUUGUGGGUACUUGAUAAAGAAACAUUUGAUGCUUUUAUUAAGUAACCUGUUCUUGAGAAACGUUAAAAGUAGACAAUUUAUUUAUUUUAUUUUUAGAUAUGAUUAAAUUUUACAAUAAUUUAAAAUUUUGUAGACAAUUGAUCCAUACAUUAGAUAAUAAAUUGCUGAUGCUCUACAUGUUGUCACUUUUAAAGCCUAGGAUAUUGUUUUUAAAUAAAAAGACAAAGGAGAUUAUUUUUAUUUAAUAUAAGAGGGUGAAUUGAAAGCAUUUAAAUAAGGAGAAGAAGAUGAUGAAGAAAAAUGCGUGUGUACACUUGAAAAAUUUGAUUAUUUUGGAGAAUUAGCUAUGUUAAAAGAAAUUAACAGAUAAGCAACAAUAGUUUGUGAAACUGAUUGCAUCCUAUUAGGAUUAGAUAGAUAAUCAUUCAAAUAGCUGUUAGCUCCUAUACAUGUAUAAUUUAUUAUUAUUAAUAGUAAAUAUUAAAAUAAGAAACAGUUAGGUAUGUAAACUUUAGUUUUAAUUGA